GCAGCUAAAACAGCACCGUAUCAGGUCGAUAGCUCCUGUGGGUUGAUCAAAGCGACAUCAGGUCCCUUUCAAUACUGUCACUCACUGGUCAGCCCUACCGAGUAUUUCAACCAUUGUCUCUAUGACAUGUGUGCUGCCAAUGGAGCAAGAGAAAUCCUCUGCCAGAGUGUCCAGGCCUACGCGGCCGCAUGCCAGGCAGCUGGAGGCACAGUCGGUGCCUGGAGAACAGCCUCCUUCUGCCCUUUCACCUGCCCGGCCAACAGCCACUACGAGCUCUGCACUAGAUCCUGCGAUUUCACAUGCGCUGGCUUGUUCUCCCCUGCCCAAUGCACUGCGAAAUGCUUUGAAGGCUGCCAGUGCGACGCCGGCUACGCAUUCAAUGGGGAAACGUGCACGCCCAUGGAAGGAUGCGGCUGCGUGCGUGACGGACGCUACAUCAAGGCCGGGGAGAGCAUCAUCUCCAGUGCUUGCUCUGAGAAGUGCACCUGCCAGGCCUCAGGCGGACUCGUCUGCGAGCCACACAGCUGCCCCAACAAAGAGAUCUGUGCGCUCCAGGAUGGGGUGCGCGGCUGCGUGAAGCAGGAAGGCCGGUGCACACUGCUCCCCGGAGCCCAGCUCACCUCAUUCGACGGCGCCUCUGGAGGAGAUCUCCACAGUGGCGCUUACGAGCUGGCCUCUCUCUGCAAUGACAGCGCCCCCUCCUGGUUCAGGGUGGUGGUGGACAUCAGGGCAUGCGGCGACGGGGCAGUGAUGGCUGGGACGACCGCCUACAUUUUCUUCCGAGAUGCUUUCAUAGCUGUGAAAAGGAACAAGGAGACCUGGGUGAAUGGGCGCCUGGUGCAGCUGCCGGUGAACGUCUCCGGUGCUGUGUCUGUGAGCAGGUCUCAGGGCGGCGUGGCCGUGGUCCAAGGCUCGGGGAUGCAGGUUCUGUUCAGCCCCAGUGGGGAGGUGAUGGUGAGAGUCAGUGAGACCCUGGCUAACAAGCUGUGUGCGUCCUGCGGGAACUUCAAUGGCGACGUCUCCGACGACCUGCGGCUGCCCAGUGGGAAGGUUGCAGGAAACAUCGCUGAGGUCAUCGAUGCCUGGAAGGCCAGAGACUUCUCCGGGUGUGAUGUCUAAACAAAAUCCUGGCUGCUGAAGCAUCUUCCCUCCCUGGAGUGAACCCCGCUGCCAUCUUAGCUAGGAAUUACUCAUAGGGCCAUAGCUGUAGCCCUCGUGACAUUCUGUGUCCUCUAGGGUCUUUAAUGAGGAAAAAGACUUUGUUCUGAUUGUCAAUAAAAACAAAUAAA